AUGCCGUUCCCUUGCGAUGUAUCAGAGCUUGAUAUCGUAUAUUAUUACGAAUUCCCCUCAGGUCCAGAGUUGGCGCCAUCGUCAGACACCCUUGUUUCCUUGUUUGCAAGAAUAUGCGCCAACCCAGACCGGAUCGAGUUCAGCGAGUUCGAAGCUUACUACGAGGCAGUUUGUAUUGCGCUCGGUGACAGCGAGUCUGACGAGCCCCAGCCACCUGCUGAUACCAACGCCCAAAUUGACAAGUAUUCCGGCCUCCGUGAAACAGCGUCGGCACCGCGGAUACACAGUAGGCUGGUAGGCUUAAUACGAACCGCUUGGGCCGUUUGA